CCCUAAAAAUAUUUCGAUUGUCUUUAAAACCUUACACGAGAUACUCAGUCUAAACUAUACAAAACUAGCAUAAUACGACAAAACAGCUAUUUCAAUCUCACAUCUGAUAAACAAUCUUACCAAUAGCUACUACUAUAUCAUUUGACAUAAAAGUCAAGCUAGGUUAUUACCUAUUCGGUCGUCAUAAAAUCACCAGACAACUCAUAUUUACAGUAUCGGAUUUGAGACAAAUCUUUUCAAAUCACAUCUAUUUAACAGCUCUAUAACAUAACAUCGAUUAUAAUUUUCCUUUAUUUUAUUUUACUUAUUGGCAAAGAAAACAACAUUAUUAACACAUGCAAUGACCUAAGCUAUCAAAUAAUACACAAAAACCCUCAUAAAACAAAUGUGUUAAAAGUAAAUGCAAAAAAAAAAAAACAACCCUAAAAAACUGAUUUUAUUGUCUUUAUAACCUUACACGAGAUACUCUCCACAUUAACUCCCUUCACAUUUUCUACCCUUCCUAAACUCUCAUUGGACAUACACACAACCCCCUUCCUUAGCGCGUGAUACCCUUCACACUUCCCACCACCUUUCUCCUUUGUUUAAAUAAAUCUUGAUUCUCCUCUGAUAGCAACCCCUCAUUCAUUUCCUACCUUUUUUCACCCCACCCCCUUCUUCUCUCUCUUCUUCCUCGAACCUUCAAUUACUUAUACAACUUAUGACUUCUUCUUCCUUCACCAAUUUUGAACAAAUCAAACAUUUGAUUUUUUGAACAUCACCAACAAAAUCAACCCUUGUUUUUGUUCGUUAUUGGUUUCGUGUUAUAAUUAUAACUCGAUUCCUUUGUUUCAUUUAGCGUUCUUGUUCUCCUCCAAUUAGUCGUUUUUUUUCCUUUCAUCAUGUGUAUAAAUAUUUUAUACAUAUAGUAUAGUUUUCAUUUUUAUUUUAUCAUAUCAAUUUCAAUUCAUUAUCAAACCCCUUCUUCAAUCUCCUUCCAAUGAAUCCACCACCACAACCGGCGUCGUCCCGCGCUCGACGACGCCCCGACUUAACCCUCCCCCUCCCUAAACGAGACCCGGCUCUCGCGGUCCCGCUUCCGCUUCCUCCAUCCUCCGCACCUACAUCCACUUCUAACUCAACCAACUCGAAUUCUUACUCGAACACGAACUCAGCCGCCAUAUUGAGCUUUUCCGAGUUAGAGCGGAAGAACCGGAUCGGGUCAGGUGCCGGAGGCACAGUCUACCAAGUAAUCCAUCGCCCAUCGUCUCGGAUCUACGCUUUGAAGGUGAUAUACGGCAACCUCGAAGAGGUGGUGCGCCGUCAGAUCUGCCGAGAGAUCGAGAUCCUUCGUGAUGUCGAUAAUCCUAAUGUCGUGAAAUGCUUUGAUAUGUUUGAUCAUAACGGGGAGAUCCAAGUUCUUCUCGAGUACAUGGAUCGAGGAUCGCUUGAGGGAAAACAUAUAGCUGAUGAAACGUAUCUUGCCGAGUUAUCUCGGCAAGUUCUUUCCGGUUUAGUGUAUUUGCACAGAAGAAGAAUCGUUCAUCGAGAUAUCAAACCCUCUAAUCUUCUAAUCAACACCAACAAACAGGUGAAAAUAGCUGAUUUUGGGGUGAGUAGGAUUUUAGCACAAACGAUGGAUCCUUGUAAUUCGAGUGUUGGGACGAUUGCAUAUAUGAGUCCCGAAAGGAUUAAUACUGAUCUGAAUCAAGGACAGUAUGAUGGAUAUGCUGGUGAUAUUUGGAGUUUUGGGGUUAGCAUUUUGGAAUUCUAUUUGGGUAGAUUUCCAUUUAAUGUUGGUAGACAAGGUGAUUGGGCUAGCUUGAUGUGUGCUAUUUGUAUGAGUGCUCCACCGGAGGCGCCGGCUUCGGCUUCGCGAGAGUUUCGUGACUUUAUCCGGUGUUGCUUGCAGCGUGAGCCGGCGAAGCGGUGGACGGCGAUUCGGUUGUUAGGACAUCCUUUUAUUGUUCAGAAUACAGCUGCUACUCAGAGUAGUCAGAUUGGUAGUCAGAACCACCAGGUUCAUACUUCUCUCCGUCAAAUGUUGCCCCCUCCCCUCCCUCAUUCAUCAUAAUUUUCCUUUUUUUUUUUUAAAAAAAAAAAAAUUUAAGUUAAAGUUAAAGAAGUCUGUUUUUUUAAUGCAAUUGCAAGUUUUC